AGGACAAAGAAAAAUAUAAUUUACAGAUUCUCUAGGAAUCCGAAGAAAAGAUUCUUGUAUUUGUAACUUUUUGAUCCUCACUCACUCCAAAAAAAAACUUUUCUUACUGUCUCUUUCUUUUCUGUUCUUGGAAAUUACGUUAUUAUCUUCACAGUUCAAUCCACCAUUCUUGACUGAUGACCCAUUCCUCGAAUCUCCAUCACUGUUUCUGUCCAAUCCGGCAUCUGGGUUGUGCUUGAAUUGCUCAAAGAAGAAGAAGGAGAAGCAAGCAGAGUUAGAAACCAGAGGUUUCCAUUCAGAGAUUUCAUUCAUCACCAUGAAAGCUCCACAAGAAUCAGCAAGUACGAUUCAAGAACUGCCUAUAACGACCACGACGGCCACCACACCACCAGCUGUUAUCACAAAAAAGAAACUGACUCUGAUCCCUCUGAUUUUCCUCAUAUAUUUUGAAGUUGCAGGUGGUCCAUUUGGUGAGGAGCCGGCUGUCCAGGCGGCGGGUCCGCUUCUAGCUCUCCUCGGCUUCCUCAUCUUCCCUUUCAUCUGGAGCGUCCCAGAAGCGCUGAUAACCGCCGAGCUCUCCACUGCUUUCCCUGGAAAUGGCGGUUUUGUGAUCUGGGCUGAACGUGCUUUUGGCCCUUUUGCUGGAUCCAUGAUGGGUUCAUGGAAAUUCCUCAGUGGAGUCGUCAAUAUUGCUUCUUUCCCAAUCCUCUGUAUUGACUAUUUGAAGAGGAUGAUUCCUGCGUUGGAAUCAGGCUGGCCUAGACAAAUUUCAGUAUUGAUAUCAACAUUGCUUCUCUCUUUUCUCAACUAUACAGGAUUAACCAUUGUUGGGUAUACUUCUGUUUUUCUAGGCCUCGUCUCUCUUGCACCAUUCAUUAUAAUGUCCUUCAUUGCUAUCCCUAAAAUCCGUCCCAACAGAUGGAUUGGGUUGCCCCAGAAAGGGGUAAAGAAAGAUUGGACACUGUAUUUCAAUACCCUUUUCUGGAAUCUGAAUUUCUGGGACAGUGUUAGUACUGUUGCUGGUGAAGUAGAUAAGCCUCAGAGAACCUUCCCUUUGGCUCUACUUACUGCUGUGAUUUUCACUUGUCUGGCUUACUUGAUUCCUCUCUUUGCUGUGAUUGGUGCUGUUUCUGUCGAUCAGACUGAAUGGGAGUCAGGUUUCCAUGCCAUUGCUGCAGAUAUGCUAGGUGGGAAAUGGCUGAAAAUUUGGGUUGAAGUUGGUGCUGUGUUGUCUGGAAUCGGGUUAUAUGAAGCUCAGUUAAGCAGCUGUGCCUAUCAGGUUGAGGGCAUGGCAACUUUAGGGCUUUUGCCAAAGGUUUUUGGUGUUAGAUCCAGAUGGUUCAAUACUCCUUGGUUAGGGAUAUUGAUUUCAACACUGAUUACCCUUGCUGUCUCACAUUUGGACUUUACAGACAUCAUUUCAUCUGCAAAUUUCUUGUAUAGUUUGGGUAUGUUGUUGGAAUUUGCUUCGUUUAUUUGGCUGAGAAGAAAGUUACCAGGACUGAAAAGACCUUUCAAAGUGCCAUUAAAUGUGCCGGGAUUGCUGGUUAUGUGUCUGAUUCCAUCUGUGUUUUUGACAGUCAUAAUGGUUUUUGGAACAAAAACUGUUUAUCUGAUGAGUGGAUUAAUGACUGUGGGUGCAAUUGGAUGGUAUUUCUUGAUGAAAUUCUGCAAGUCAAAGAAGAUUUUUAAGUUCAGCAAUGGUGAGAUUAAUGAAGAAUGGGGUUCAAAAGAUUGAUUUGGUUGAUUCCUGUGGAUGAAUUCAUUCAUAACCUAAAGUUAUUUGCAGGACAAUUAUGCUACAUCUGCCAUCAAAUUGUGUAUGACUAUGCAGAAAAUCAGUUGCUUGUAUCAGGUUUAACCAGGCUUAUCAGUUUAAACAAAAGGGAGAUUUCUCUUCA